CCAUUGCCGGCAUUUAGAGCGCCAUCACUGCCGGCGGAAAAGUCGUGGGGGCGAUUUGUCGUCACGUUAACCGUUUAAUUUUAUUUAUUUGUCUUUAGUUUAUAAGGCUUGUUAGCAGAAAUGCCUGGAUAUUCCGAUAGAGAUCGUAGCCGAGACAGAAGUUAUAGCAGCGGGCCGCCACGUUUUGGAGGAAGUCGGGGUGGACCACCACAGGGGAAGAAGUACGGAAAUCCAGGCGAGAGACUGCGCAAAAAACACUGGAACCUUGAUGAGCUCCCCAAGUUCGAGAAGAACUUCUACAAAGAGCACCCCGAUGUGGCUCGAAGGUCAUUGCAAGAAGUUGAACAGUACAGGAGAAGCAAAGAGAUAACAGUGAAAGGAAGGGAUUGCCCUACACCCACAAUUGGAUUUCAUGAGGCCAGCUUUCCAUCUUAUGUAAUGGAGGUGAUCAAUAAACAGAACUGGACUGAGCCAACUCCUAUACAAGCUCAGGGAUGGCCACUGGCAUUAAGUGGCAAAGAUAUGGUUGGCAUUGCCCAGACAGGAUCUGGGAAAACUCUCUCGUAUUUGCUUCCAGCUAUUGUGCACAUAAACCACCAACCAUUCCUGGAGCGUGGAGAUGGACCUAUUUGCCUGGUGUUGGCUCCUACUCGUGAAUUGGCACAACAAGUCCAGCAGGUGGCAGCAGAGUAUGGCAGGGCUUCCCGCCUCAAAUCCACCUGCAUCUAUGGAGGAGCACCCAAAGGACCACAGAUCCGGGACUUGGAGAGGGGGGUUGAGAUUUGCAUUGCCACUCCAGGCAGACUUAUAGACUUCCUGGAAGCUGGAAAGACAAAUCUGCGCAGAUGCACAUAUCUAGUGCUGGAUGAGGCUGACAGAAUGCUCGAUAUGGGCUUUGAGCCCCAAAUCCGUAAAAUUGUCGACCAAAUCAGGCCUGACAGACAGACACUGAUGUGGAGUGCCACUUGGCCCAAAGAGGUGCGUCAACUGGCUGAGGACUUCUUGAAAGAUUAUGUCCAGAUUAACGUGGGUGCAUUGCAACUCAGUGCUAACCAUAACAUCCUGCAAAUUGUGGAUGUUUGCAGCGAUGGGGAGAAAGAGGACAAGCUGUUGCGUCUGCUAGAGGAGAUCAUGAGCGAGAAGGAGAACAAGACCAUAAUUUUUGUCGAGACCAAAAGGAGGUGUGAUGACCUCACCAGAAGGAUGCGUAGGGAUGGGUGGCCUGCAAUGGGUAUACAUGGAGACAAAAGCCAGCAGGAGAGAGACUGGGUCCUCAAUGAAUUCAAGUUUGGCAAAGCACCCAUUCUCAUUGCUACUGAUGUUGCCUCAAGAGGUCUAGAUGUUGAGGACGUCAAAUUUGUUAUUAACUACGACUACCCCAACAACUCUGAGGAUUACAUCCACCGCAUUGGGCGCACGGCACGCAGCCAGAAAACUGGGACAGCCUACACCUUCUUCACGCCCAACAACAUGAAGCAGGCCCACGACCUUGUCUCUGUCCUCCGCGAGGCCAACCAGGCCAUCAAUCCCAAGCUCAUCCAGAUGGCGGAAGACAGAGGAGGUCGUUCAAGGGGCGGUCGAGGUGGAGGGUUUAGAGAUGAUCGCCGGGAUCACUUCUCUGGAGGCAGACGGGAUUUCAAUGGCUACGGUCAGGACAACCGUGGAAGUGACCGAAGUUAUGAAAGUGGACCAAACAAGGUCUUUGGCAACAAGACCCAAAAUGGGGGCACGUAUGGCAGCGCAGCUAGCAAUUACAAUGGCAACAGCAAUAAUGGCUUUAAUGGGGCUUACAGCAAUGGACAAGCCAACUUUGGAAACCAGGCUGGUGGCUUUGGAAACCAGGCUUUCCAGAACCCGCAGUUUGGUGCCAACCAAGGGACCAUUCAAAAUGGUAUGACCCACAACCCACAGUUCCCCUUCAAUCCCCAGCAACAGCCACCCCAGCCCAUGGUGCCCUUCUCUAUGCCUCCCCCUGCCUUCCCCUAGUUAACUGGCGCAAACGGCCGCUACGCACAGUAACUUAUUGCUUUUAUGUCCUGUGUAAUGCUAUACAUUCUUAUUUCAGGACUGUAACCCCUUUCUUUACAAGCAGGAGUUAAAGUUCCAUCUUCCACCUUUAGAGUCCCAAAGUCUGCAAUGCAGCGGUAGUGAUGGUGCACUUUUUGUGUAUUUUUUUUUUUUUUUUUUUUA